AUGGCACAUAUUGUUAUGGGUCGUGUGGAAUAUACUGGUACUAACGAUAUGUUUUCUGGAAGAAGUGGUGCAGGUUUUAUAAUACAAAAUGGGGGCGUUGUACCGCCAUCACUUCUCCAGGAAAACCGUGUCCCUCUUUUCUACAAGGAAGCUAUUGCUAAGUGUGGUGCUGCAAGUCAGUCGCAGUUACCUGAUACUACACUUGUUUGUAAUCUAAUGGUCACAUCAUGCCUUCCGCGGGCUAUACUCGGUAAUAUAUGGUCAUUGGUGAAUAGGACCAUGCCUGGUCAACUUACGCGACAAGAAUUCUUCUCAUACUUAGCACUUAUUGCACUAAUACAGAAAGGCCAACCAUUAUCGGCUUUAUCAACAAUGUCUAUACUUCCAAUUCCACAUUUGCAAGCAUGCGCGCCAUUUGCGCAGCAUUUGCCUGAUGGAGAUAUUUUUCAACAGCAGGGGUUUUGUCAAACUGUACAAAAAGCUUCUGACUUCUCGGGGGUAGCAGCAAAUCUACAUACAGUAGCAACAAGCGCAGUAUCUCUUCUCGCAGAUAUUGACUUUUCCAAACCAAUCGGUAAUUCAACGACAAUAUCCGUUACACAGAUUCCUACUUCACAAUCAUAUCCAUCAAUCAGCACUGUUAAUACAUCUCAUAUGGAUAGUUCUGCUUCGGAAACUCAAACUGCGAUCGUUCUUGCUUCAAAUCAGUUUUUCGAUAUUACGACUGAUUUGAAUAAUCACUUUCUCUCGAAAGAUAUUUGCCAAUUAACAAACAAUCCUUUGAAAAAUUCUGGAUCACCGGGUGACAUUAUGAAUGUUGUCUCUAAUAUAUUGAAGCCAAAUCCACAAACUACGCUUCCGGAAACGAUUCCUCCUAGUGGUAAUAGUUCGACAAAUAUUAAUAUGGAUAAAACUGCAGGAAUUCUAGAAUCAGGUUUAGACGUUUAUGCGAGCAUGAAAUUGAUAACCAGUGUGAGCGAAGAGAGAGAAGAAGAACGUCUUUAUGUUUGGCGACGUUGCAUUGAAGAAGCAUAUGCAUUGCUAAAUGAUGCUGAUUCAUUACUGCCUUGUUCAGCAGCGGCAUAUAUUGCGGAAAUCGUUCUUACUGAUCGUGGUUCAAGAUACUUAAAUUCACUUCAUCAAAUCUAUAAAAUGACAUUAAGAAUACGGAAAGGGAGAGUAGAUAAACUAGUUAAGCAGAAAGAAUUGCUUUAUAAAAUCGACAAAAUAUGGGCUCGUCUGGAAUAUUUUAUAGAGGAAAGCAUUAAUAAUGAAGAUGCAAAUCAGCUAGCAGAAACAGUCAACAAAACCAUUUCUUCAUUAUGUGGUAUUUGCUUGUUGCACAUUUCCCCAAAUUCCAUACUUGAAUUUACCGGUACUGUAUACCAUAAGCAGUGUGCUAAUUUAUGGAUUAAUCGAGUCGACUCGUUUCUACCUAAAUUGAAAGAAUGCUAA